CGUCACGGAGGCGCCAUGCGAGGAGGAGGCCUCCUGACUGGGGGCAGGAGGAGCACGAAGAGAGGCCUAGUCCAGAGGCAUCGCUGGGCGGCCGCCUUGUUCCCCGCCUGGGGCCCCGGACGCGGGUCCUGGGCGGCCAUGGAGGAGCCCGAGAAGCCCCCAGAGCCUCCUCCGCCCAAGCGCCGCCGCCGAGGGGAGCGGCGUGGCGAGGAGGAGGAGGCGGCGGCUCCGGAGCGGCGCUGGGUGCCCCCUCCGCGGAGGCUGAAGGCCGGCGUGAGCUUCAACGAGGCCCACUUCGCGGAGACCAGCUGCUACGUGGAGGGCGGGCUGAGGAAGGUGCGGCCCUACUUCUUCGACUUCCAGACUUAUUGCAAGGGCCGCUGGGUCGGAAGGAGCCUCCUGGAGGUCUUCGCCGAGGAGUUCCGCGCCCAGAGCUUGGACUACUACCGCGCCGCCGCCCAGGCAGGGCGCCUCCGGCUCAACGGCAGGCCCCUCACCGACCUCAAGCUACGGCUCAAGAACAAUGACCUUCUGCAGAACACAAUACAUCGCCACGAACCCCCGGUUACAGCAAGCGCCAUUGAGUUCAUAGAGGAAAACGAGGAGGUGGUGGUGGUGGACAAGCCCUCCUCUUUGCCAGUCCACCCCUGCGGCCGGUUUCGGCAUAAUACCGUCAUCUUCAUUUUGGGCAAAGAGCACAACCUCAAGGAGCUGCACACUAUCCAUCGUCUCGAUCGCUUGACGUCAGGCGUCCUCAUGUUCGCCAAGUCGGCCGAGGCGUCCAAGAGGAUCGAUGAGCAAGUUCGACAGCGACAGCUGGAGAAGGAAUAUGUUUGUCGUGUGCUUGGAGAGUUUCCAGAAAAUGAGGUGACUUGUGAAGAACCUAUCCUGGUUGUGUCAUACAAAGUGGGAGUGUGUCGAGUGGACCCAAAGGGUAAGCCAUGCAAAACAAUCUUCCAGAGGCUCAGUUACAAUGGCAAGACUAGCGUGGUGAAGUGUUUUCCACACACUGGGCGCACUCAUCAGAUCCGUGUCCAUCUGCAGUAUUUGGGGCACCCUAUUGUCAAUGACCCUAUCUACAACACAAAUGCUUGGGGUCCUGAAAAGGGCAAAGGUGGCGUUGUUAACAAAACAGAUGAGGAGCUGCUUCAGGCACUAGUGGAGGAGCAUCUUUCUAAACAGAGUCUGGGUAUUUUGGAUGUUGAUGAGGAUGAUCUGAAACCCAUCACUGGAGAUAAAAGGAAGGAGACUCCAGGGAACUGUGCUAAGCCUCUGGAGGUCAUCCUUCCAAAAAAUUCUGGUCAGGCUGAAGAAUCAAAUGAUGAAGACAAGAGUGGAAUAUUGACAUGUUCUCAGAAUUCUGUUUCUGAAGCACAGAUGUGCAAGUCAGAGAACAGAGAAACCUGUUUGAAUGAGCAUUGGGCUGAAAAGGAUCCUUUGUGUGAAGAAUGCAAGAUCGUGAGGCCUGACCCAUCACCCAAAGAUCUGGUGAUGUAUCUCCAUGCUUUGCGCUACAAAGGAGCAGAAUUUGAAUACUGCUCCAAGAUGCCUGCAUGGGCACAGGAUAACUGGGAAGAGACUUGAGACUUUCAAAAUAUUUUUUACAUUGUGUAUCUGUGAGUGAGUGUGUGCGAGACAGAGAGAAAGAUUUCCCAUAGCUCUUGUUUUUAUCAUCAGUUUGUCCACGAAUGGAAAAAAAGUCCUUUCUGUGUGAGAUGCCACAAGGAGUGCCUAGUUUCCUAAGGCAGCUUUUCUGGGGAGUGGUUUUGAUAUUUUGUCUCCUUUUUAUUACAAAAAAAAAAACCUAGAUAAAAUUAUUGAAAAAUGCAAAAUAAUAAGAAUAUUCUUAAUUUAAAUUUCUUAUUUUAAAGUACCUAAAAUUUACUUAACACAGUAUGGAGAUUAAAAACAAGCCCUUCCCUACA